AAAUAACAGUGACCCAUCAAAGAAGAAGCAGCACGUGUGUCACAUGGAGGGCUGCGGGAAGGUUUACGGCAAAACGUCUCACCUGAGGGCUCACCUGCGCUGGCACACGGGAGAGAGGCCGUUCGUCUGCAACUGGAUCUUCUGCGGGAAACGCUUCACCAGGAGCGACGAGCUUCAGCGGCAUCGCAGGACGCAUACAGGUGAGAAGAGGUUCGAGUGUCCGGAAUGCUCCAAGAGGUUCAUGCGGAGCGACCACCUGUCAAAGCACAUCAAAACCCACCAGAACAAAAAAGGUGGGGCGGCACUUACCAUCAUCACCACAGAUGAGAUGGAGGAGGAGGUGGAUGAGGUGCUGGGCUCGCCGAGGAUCGUCACCGUGGCGACGCUCUCGCAGGAUUCGAACCCGGCCACGCCCACCACUUCAAACAAUUUAGAGGAGGAGUUCGAGUAGUUUUCCCUCCAAAAAUGAUCGGUUGAAAGCACCACAAUAUUGUUUGUCGGUUUGUUUAUAUGUUGAUUUGUUUAUGUUCUUCAUUCUUUUUCUAUCAACGAUGGACAGCUGUUUGAGCGCACUCGGUUUUUUUCAUAUGGAAAUGUAAUACUAUCAAAUAUUAUGACAGAAUAAUCUAAUGGAAAUAGUAUGAGUUGUUAAGAGACGCGUUGAACGAUGGCGUUUGUUUUGUUACGAGUAGCACAAGAAGUACUGAAGUUCCCAGAUGCUCCUGAAGGUGUCGCUAUGCACAAAAAUAAUAUGUAUAUCUGUUUCAAAGUGGUUUGUAUGGAAACUUGU